GCAGGCCGGGGACCUUACCUGCUCUCGCUUCACAGUCCUGCAACCUCCCACUUGAGCUCAGCACCCGCUGCCCCUGCACUGUCCAGGUCAAGUUGGAGCUGGGACAUCGCGCCCAGCUGCGCAAGAAGCCCACCACGGAGGGGUUCACCCACGACUGGAUGGUGUUUGUGCGUGGCCCUGAGCAGUGUGAGAUCCAGCACUUCGUGGAGAAGGUGAUCUUCCGGCUGCACGACAGCUUCCCCAAGCCCAAACGCGUGUGCAAGGAGCCCCCGUACAAGGUGGAGGAGUCGGGGUACGCUGGCUUCAUCAUGCCCAUCGAGGUGCACUUCAGAAACAAGGAGGAGCCGAGGAAGGUCUGCUUCACCUACGACCUCUUCCUGAACCCAGAGGGCAACCCGCCCGUGAACCACCUGCGCUGUGAGAAGCUCACCUUCAACAACCCCACCACCGAGUUCCGCUACAAGCUGCUGAUGGCUGGCGGGGUGAUGGUAAUGCCCGAAGGAGCAGAAUCGGUGUCCAGGCCCAGCCCCGACUACCCCAUGUUACCCACAAUUCCACUCUCUGCCUUCUCUGACCCCAAGAAGACCAAACCGUCCCACGGCUGCAAGGACGCCAACAAGGAGAGCAGCAAGGCCUCGAAGCCGCACAAGGUGACCAAGGAGCAGCGGGAGCGGCCGCGGAAGGACUCGGAGAGCAAGGGCUCCUCCCGGGAGCUGGAGCGCGAGCAGGCCAAGGGCAGCAAGGACGCGCGCAAGCUGGCCGAGGGCCGGCUGCCCAAGGAGGACAAGGCCCCGCCGCCCAAGGCUGCGUUCAAGGAGCCCAAGAUGGCCCUGAAGGAGGCCAAGCUGGAGAGCUUGUCCCCCAAAGGGGGGCCCCAGCCCCCAGCCCUGCCCAAGGCUUCCAGCAAGCGGCCGGCCGCCGCGGACUCGCCGAAGCCCAGCGCCAAAAAGCCGAAGAAGAGCAGCUCGAAGGGUUCCCGGAGCGCCCCGGGCACCUCGCCCCGCACUUCGUCUUCCUCCUUCCCGGACAAAAAGCCGGCCAAGGACAAAAGCAGCAGCAAAGGGGAGAAGGUGAAGGCCGAGAGCGAGCCCAGGGAGGCCCGGAAGGCGCUGGAGGUGGAGGAGUCCAACUCGGAGGACGAGGCCUCCUUCAAGUCAGAGUCCGCCCCGUCCAGCCCGUCCAACUCCAGCUCCAGCUCGGACUCCAGCUCAGACUCGGAUUUUGAGCCGUCUCAGAACCACAGCCAAGGACCCCUGCGCUCCAUGGUGGAGGACCUGCAGUCAGAAGAGUCCGACGAGGACGACUCUUCAUCAGGCGACGAGGCCACCGUGAAGACAAACCCAGGACGGGAUUCCAGGUUGAGCUUCAGCGACAGCGAGAGUGACAACAGCGCAGACUCCUGCCUGCCCGGCCGUGAGCCCCCGCCCCCCCAGAAGCCACCCCCACCCAACAGCAAGGCGCCCGGCCGGCGGAGCCCGGAGCCCUGCAGCAAGCCGGACAAGAUCCUCAAGAAGGGCGGCUACGACAAGGCCUACACGGACGAGCUGGUGGAGCUGCACCGGCGGCUGAUGGCGCUGCGGGAGCGCAACGUGCUGCAGCAGAUCGUGAACCUGAUCGAGGAGACCGGCCACUUCAACGUCACCAACACCACCUUCGACUUCGACCUCUUCUCCCUGGACGAGAGCACGGUUCGCAAGCUGCAGAGCUACCUGGAGGCCGUGGCCACAUGACCCGGGGCCGGGUGCCGGGCAGGGGCCCCCGCUGCCGGGCCCGGGGGGGCUGUGCGCGGGCCCCGCUGCUCGUGGCACUGCCUUAGCGACCGCCCUGCCCUCGGCCCUCGGAGCCAGCUGCACUUUCCUGGCGGCUUCCCCCCCGCCCGCCCCCCAAGGGGGGCCGGGCUGCUCCCGGCAAGUGGUCUGUGUUGGGGGCAUCAACCAGGCUGGGCCUCGCUCCCCGCAGAGGAAGAAACACGUGGGGCUGGGGGCGGCCCGGCGCCCCGGGGGGCUGCGUGGCCUCUCUGAGCAUCCGGGCGAGCCCAGCCUCCCAGACGGUUCCGAACACGCCCCCGCCCACCCCGGCCGGGCCGCGCUGUGCAGUUGUCUAUAUUAUACAUGUGUGUGCGCUGUUCUGUACACGAGCGGUUUCCCAUGUGCGUUUCUGUGGCAGCAAUGACGUGGGGGGUGGGGGGCUAAGCUGGGACUCUAGGGUAAGCUGUCUGCGGGGUCUCUGUCGGGCCGCCUCCCGCCGGGCCCGGCCCCUGAACACUACGCCGGGCGGCCGGGCGUCUGCUCGGCCGGCGCCGGCCGGGCCUCUGGGCGCACCUCCUCCAUAGGAUCCUCUUCCUCCGCGUUGUUGAGCAAGUCUUCGAACUUUGAAACAAAAUGAGCUUUUGCCAAAUAAGAUGGGGUAGUUUGUGGAGUUCUCCAGGGACCACGGGGACUUGUGCUCCACGCGGGCCCCUCGCCCCCACGCCAGCCCAGGAAGCCCCGCCCCCCGAGACAGCCCACUCCAGGUCCCCCUGGUGCCGCCCUGCCCACCCCCACCCCUCGUCCCCUGUCUCUUCAAGUCCCUGUGCAGGCAGAGGGGGCAGGGCCCCAUCACCCCCACCCCCACCCCCACCCCGCUAUGGGUUCACGCGCGGGGCGGGGCCCGGCUCUGUCCCUGCGCCCCCUGGUCUUCCUGCGCUGUCUGCCGGGCACACCCCGACACUCCGUGCCUCCAAGGCCCCCCCAACUCCAGUGCCCUGGGGGUUCCCCCGGAGCGUCGGGAAAGGCCGAGAACUUCCAGAGGAGACCUCAGAGGCCCCUCGCCACCUGCGGCCCCGCUGCCUUCAGGUAUCGGGGAGGGGCAGGCUCCGGCCGCCGCCCGCCCCCUCCCCAGGCAGGCCAAUAAUACUCCAAAGUGGGCGCCCGCGCUUCCGCUGAAGAUGGACGUGGACAGGCCCCAGUGCCCCGCGUGGGCGCGGGGAUGGCGCCGCCAGUCCGCCUUCUGUGGGCAGAGGCCGCGGGCAGUCGCCGGGCUGCCGUUUGCCCAGAGGCUCUCCGGGGCCCACGCGGUGGCCUGCGCAGCCUCGGCGGUGGCUCCCGGCCCUUCCUGCUGUCGGCAAAGCCCCCGGAAGCAGCGGCCCGUUUCUGUUACCUCCUCUGGCCGGAAGGCCUCACCGCUGUCCUCCAGGGCUGGCUCCUCGCCCCCGCGACGGACGCGCUGGCCGCCAGCAUUCCCAGCUGCUGCCUCCUCGCCCUGGCUGCCCAGCAGCUGGGCCGGAGAGGCUCCGGGGCGCGCCGUGCUGAGCCGCUCGCCCCAGUGCAAACCCGGAGUGGCCGCGUCCUGAACAGGUGUAAGCCGAGCCGACGCGGAGCGGACACCAGAGGGUAUCGAAUACCUUCCGCGCCCCAGGAACCGGGGCUCCCUCCCGGCGGCCCAGACCAAUCCUGGCUGACAGGAAUAAGGAGGAACGUGUUUGUAACGAGUUACAGGAUUGUUUCUGUCCUGGAUUUUAAACUUUUUGUUAAAUUGUGAAAUUAUGGAGGAGUUUUAUAGAAAACAAAAGUGAAAUAAAGUCAGACGGAAAGCAGA